GGGGGAGCUGAAGAGCACCAGCGCGCGGCCACACCUGUUGAUUGUUCAAUCACAGCCACGUGCGUGAGUGCGUGCGUUGACGCGCACUUGCCACGAGAUGCAAUUCCCUCUACAAUUGGUAUUUGCUCUCAAUGCCGACGUGCUUGUCUUUGGGUGCGAAAAGAAAAGGGCGAGUCCGAGAGGACGACCCGCGGGGGAGAUAGAGCGCUAAGAUCAGCUCAUGUGCAGGAACGACGUGGACACGAGGAAUGGCGGAAUUGGUGAGAUGCCUGUAGUAUCCAGCAGUGGACAACACAGUGGCUCAUAGUAAUCACGAUUGAAUACGUUCAGCUGACUGAAGACUGCACAGCACCAGGUUUUGAUUAACUUUACCAACGAAAAUAAAGCGAACCAAGGUACCAAACACCCAAUUAAACGUGUAUCACGUGAGAAAACGCAUUCCCCCAGGUGAUCCCCCCCCCCCCCGAUCCCACUCUUCCCCUCCCGCUUAAUUAUCCGUCAGCACAGACGAACAGACCCUCUGUGAACCAGCCGGUGUCUUGACGCGCAGGUGAUUUCCAUCGGCUCCUAAAUUGGCUGAUUGAAUAGGACACUCAUCAUCGUUGUGAUCGCGGCUGUGGUGGUGGAGGCGGGGCACACUUAUUUAAGUCGCGGGAGAGGAGAGCCCCAACCGAAUGUAGUUUGGGUUCGCGCGCGGUAGCAUCGAAGCAGCGCCGGCAAGAGAAUGUGGACACAGAUCGGCGCCGCCAUCCUGAUGUGGGCGCUCCUGUUGGCACCCGUGCGCAUGCAGCUUCUGGCCCCCUCGCCUCUUCUCGCUAAAGCCGUUCCGUCCGAGGCGGCGUGCAACGCGGAUUACCACUUCAUGUGUGCGAGUGGCCACUGCGUGCCCAAGUCCUGGCGUUGUGACGGUUCCAGCGAUUGCCGUGACGACAGCGACGAGGUGGGAUGCGGGUGCAAAGCGUUCCACGUGGCUUGCGCAGACGGCGCUGGCUGCGUGCGGAGCGACGACGUUUGCGACGGGGUGCGGGACUGCGCGGACGGCUCGGACGAGACGGCGCUGUGCGCGCGCACCUGCGCCGAACCCGAUACCGCGCUGUUCCGCUGCGCAUCCGGGGACGAGUGCGUGGCCGCGCGAAGGCGCUGUGACGGCAGCCCGCAUUGCGGCGACGGCUCUGACGAACGCGGCUGCGGCGCCCGCGAUGACGCCGAGGGUCGCUGCGAGCUGCGGUGCGACGACGGAGAGACGUGCGUGCCGCAGGAAGGGCUCUGCAACGGCGUCGUCGACUGCCGGGACGGGGCGGACGAGGGGGCCGCCUGCGGGGACCCAGGGACCUCGCUGGGCCCCAGUGGGGACCACGCUGUCUCGCGCGGCCGGUGUGGCGUGGCGGACUUCGCGUGCUCCAGCGGGGAGUGCGUGCCCGAGAUCCAGCGCUGCGACGGGGAGCAUCACUGUCGAGACGCGUCCGACGAGAGCGACUGCCCGCCCGCGAUGCUGACCCCGGUCCCUAAGGGGUGCGGCCACGGGGAGCGUCCGUGCGGUGGGACGGGCCCCGCCUGCGUGUCCCUGGCCUCGUGGUGUGACGGCAGGACCGACUGCGCUGACGCAAGUGACGAGGAGGAGUGCGUGGACGUGUGGCGAACAUGUCGUGCCACGGAGUGGCUGUGUGAGAACCGCAAACGGUGCGUGCCGCUGUCCUGGAGGUGCGAUGGGGAGGCGGACUGCCCUGACCACAGCGACGAGCGUGCGUGUGAUGCUUCUGUGGGAUUGGGCCCCGAUUGGUGCCGGCUAUCAGAGUUCCCGUGUGCGGACGGCGGCUGCGCUGCCUGGGCUUCCGUCUGCAACGGGGAGGACGACUGCGGCGAUGGCUCCGACGAAGGCGAGCGGUGCGGCGUGGCGGCCGAGGCGUGCGGGGAACUCCGCUGCUCGCACCGGUGCCACGCCACCCCCGUGGGCCCUGUGUGCGUUUGCCCAGGUGGGUUCAAGCUCGGGGAGAGUGGGCGGAGCUGUGUGGACCGGGAUGAGUGCGUGGAUCUGGCCGUGCCGCCCUGCGCCCAGCGCUGCCUCAACACCGAGGGCAACUUCAGCUGUGCAUGCAGCGACGGAUACGUGCUGGCGCCCAAUGGCACGUGCAAGGCUACAGAGCCCGAGGCCAUGCUGGUGUACGCGUCCCUGGCCGUCGUGACGGCUGUCGGCUUGACGACCGGCGACCACGUGGUGCUCGUGGGGCUGGCUCUAUCGGUGGUGUCGCUGGAUUUUGACCGCCCGAGCGGCAGGCUGUACUGGUACGAGUGGCAGGGCAAGCGCAUCUUGUGGGCGCUCGUCAACGGAACCGAGAAUGGAACGUUGUACACAGGUAUCGCCGCCGAAGCCAUUGCCGUGGACUGGGUCGCUCGGAACAUUUAUUGGAUGGAUUCGGAGUCCAACUGCAUCAUGGCAGCUCCGCUGGAGGCCCAGACCGAAAACGAGGUGGCGGCCCGCGUGGUGAUCGUGGGUGCCGACGUGGACGACCCUCAGUCGCUGGUGCUGCAGGCGACCGACGGACUCAUGUACUGGAGCGAGUGGGGGGAGUCGCCGUGCAUCUCGCGCGCGGGCAUGGAUGGGGCCGGCCGCAAGGUGCUGCUGGCUGAUGGGCUCGGCUGGCCCAACGCGCUGGCGCUCGACCUCCCGUCCCGCCGCCUCUACUGGAUCGACGCCAAGCUCGACAGCAUCGAGUGCUGCAACCUGGACGGCUCGCGCCGCAUGGUAGUGGCGACAGCUGACGUGCACAACCCCUUCUCGCUGGCCCUGUUCGAGGAUGAGCUCUACUGGUCAAGCCUCGGCGCUGGGAAGCUGGAGAAGGCCAACAAGCUCACGGGCCGUGGCCGUGCGACCCUCUUCAGCCACGAGCACAACAUCCAAGCGCUCAGGGUGUUGCACCCGCUGCUACAGCCAGAACACCCCAACCCGUGCGCCUCUGCCUGCUGCUCUCACCGCUGCGUGUUGGGCGCGGGCGGCGCCACCGCCGCCUGCGCCUGUCCCCCAAGCACGCGGCUGGGCAGCGACGGCUGCACGUGCGAGCCCACGGGGGCGCUCCCCUUCGUCCUGCUCGUCUCGCCCACCGCCGUCACACAGGUGUUUGUAGAGUCGCGGGAAGAUCGCGGGACUAAGAGUCCACACAUGCAACGACUCGGCAUGGGGCAUGAUCUGAACAGGCUGACGCACGUCGCCUACUCUCACGCCGACCGCAAGCUCUUCUACGCCUUGGAAGACGCCGCCUCGCCUGGACGGGCGCGUGUGGUGCCGUUCGAUCAUAGCAGCGGCAACGACUCUACCCUUCAAUUUCUUGUGAUGGUGCAAGGUGUGCGCGACGUGGCCGUGGACUGGUCCGGGGAGAACAUCUACUGGCUGAGCGCGGACCGCCCCACCGUCGAGGCGACGCGCCUCGACGCGCUGUCGGCGCGCGCCGUUGUGGUGCUCUCCGGCAGCCUGCAGUGGCCUGCCUCUCUGGCGCUCGACCCGAGCAGCGGCACCAUGUGCCUGUCCGACUGGGGCCAGGCGGGAGCGGGCGGCGGUGGAGCGUGGAUCGAGUGCUCCCGCAUGGACGGCACAGAGCGAAGGGUCCUCAUUUCUUUCGAGGGGGUGGCUCGUCCGGACAGCCUGGUCAUGGAUGCCAACCAGUCCCUCCUCCUGUGGGCUGAUGAAGGGCUGGGAAUGAUCCAGUCGAUAAAGCUGGAUGGCAGCGAUCACAAGAUCCUCCAUCGUGGGCUCCCCCGCAUUGCGGGCCUCGCUGUGGUGGACGGUGCCCUCUUUUGGGUGGUGAAUAACAACCGGUCGAGCGAGUUGUGGCGUGAAGGCGGGGACCGGCCGUGGGUCCAGCUGCGGCAGCGCGUGAUGGACGUGGCCGCAUCACGCACGCCGCACCCCGCAGACGGACUCGCUUGCCGGCACAUCCGCUGCGAGCACACGUGCCUGGUGAGACGGCACGGCGAGGUGGUGUGCGCCUGCCCGCCGGCCCUGGCCGUGGAGCGGACGACGAGCGGCUCUGCGGCGUGUGUGCCUCCGAGCCGCUGCGAGAGGCCCGAGCGGCGACGCUGCGGGGACGGCGGGUGCGUGCCGGCGCUGCUGUGGUGCGACUCGGUGCGCGACUGCGACGACGGCUCGGACGAGGAGGGCUGCGAGCGAGACGUGAACUCUCCAGCAGAGGCAACGACUUCACAGUCGAGAGCAUUUGAAGCGGCGUUGGAAUCGUCAAACACGUUGGCCGAUGCCGCCGGCCCCACUGAUCUCGAUGACGACAAACUUCCAUUGACAACCACCGCCAAAGCAACUCCAGCAUUAAGCAUGGAGGCACCACAGCCCAGCACGCUGGUGCCCUCUAGCAGCGGGAAGACUACCGGUGUCGAGACUCCUUUCGUGAUGCCUUCCUGCUCGGAGGACUACUGCAGCGGCCGCGGCUCGUGCGAGGAGGAAGACGACGGGCUGCCCACGUGCACCUGCCGCUGGGGCUACCGUGGGCCACACUGCCAGUUCUUCGUGGUGCAGGCGAUUGGCGUGAAGGCGGCCCUUGGCUGCGCGACGGUCAUCGGCGUCCUUGUCUUGGCCAUGGUGGUGGUGGUCGUGAUCCGCAGGCGGCGUCGGAGAAGGAGGCUAGAAAGGCACACGCCCGAGCAAGCAGAGGUCACGUUUACCGCAGAGCCCAAGGAGACCUCUGGACAGGAGAUGUCACUCAUUGGAGAUGGGCGCAGUGAGAGCCUCGGUGACCCGAGCACCAAUGCACAAGGCCAGGACUCCACGGAAGUCGUCUGAAGCGGGAGCCCAGUUCCGUGUCCGCUUGCUCUUCCUGUUUGGAAGAGCAACUUGCAGGCAACCCCUAAUCCCCUUGUAUUUCCAGAUUCUUCUUUUUAAGAAAAUAUGGAUACAAUCUUUACACAAGGUGUGCAUUGUUUGUCUUGCAAAAUAAAAAGUCGAUGCGAAA